AAUGGUAGCCGCUGCAAAUACGGUCGGAACACAAUAUCGCUAUUUCUCAGGUAAAUACACUUUGCCCCAAAUGAUAACACGCGCCUCCUUCAAGAUAAGUUGCAAUCUACUAUGAUAGGCGGUAAAUGAUUAUCCAGAGAACAUGUUACGCGGAAUUUGAUUAUCCCCUUGUCAUAAAUCAUAUUUAAAAAAGACAGCAAAGGUUCAUAAAAGUAGAACAGCAUGAUUUUCUCUAGGACUACAAUCCAUAAACAACAGGUUCUGAUUUUGUUGUUUUUGUAUGCGAACACGAAUUCUGGGAAGGUUUCAGCUGAAGGUCCUCCCAGGAAAAUAGAUAUCAGCAAUGAUAAGAAGAUAAUAUUUGCCCAUUUCAAGAAAAACCUUGAAAUUAAGUGUCCAAUUGACAUUAGCGAAGCUUCGGAGCCUUUGUUUUUUGACUGGUUUAGAAGAGACCUGUCACUGUUUGACGAAAGUGGCUACACUGUGACGAAAAAAGGAAACCUCAAAAUCAAAUCUGUUUCUAAGGAACACAGUGGUAUAUAUACUUGUGAAUGUGUCAAUGGAUAUGGAUUUGUACAAGUGAACAUAACAGUUAUUGUGGAUGAUCCAGAGGUGGCAAAUGGAACAUCAAAUAUUGCUAGCAAAAUACAAGGCAGUCCACCUGUUAUCAAGAGAAGACCAGCUAUAAAAUUCAUUCAUGACGUCAACGAGCAGGCCACUCUCCAUUGCGUUGCAUCAUCACAGCCGGCACCGCACUUCUUUUGGUUGAAGGAUGGUCAGCAAAUCGAAGAAUCAGAUUAUGAAUUGAUAUUUCAGGGUGCCCAUUCCAUUCUUCGACUUCAGAACCUCAAGAUGUCCGACGCCGGAAUGUAUCAGUGCAUUGCACGGAACAUGUUCGGCAGCGACGAAAUAGAUUACACGCUGCAUGUAACGGAACCGUCAUACCCACCUAAAAUCCUGUCUUUGGAGCCUACAAGUGCAACAAUCAAGGAAGGAUCUACUGCCAUAUUUUGGUGCAAGGUCAAGAGUAAAACUGGCUUGAAACUGCAUAUUAAGUGGCUGAAGAAGUUAAACAUCAAAGAAAAUGCAGAACCAAUAGACGAUGUCACCUUAUUUAGAUCAGGAAAAAAUUACUACAGACCCCUCAACCUAUCGGAUGGCAUUGGAGCCAAUGGAGUCCAUAAGUCCAAGCUCAUUAUUAAUAAUGCCGUUGCAGAAGAUUCUGGUAUCUAUGUGUGUCUUGCUCUAAACGAUAAAGGUUUCAAUGCCAUGAAUGGUACACUAACGGUCAUCAGUGCAGCUGAACCAUAUGCUACCUGGCCUUCUUAUUUUUCAACCAGAAAUACAUUCUUCGUGGCAAUAGUCACAAUUGUAGUAGUCAUUAUCUUGACGAUGGUCAUGGUUAUCAGUCACUUGUGCUGUAAGGAGAAACCUCCGAAAGGAGUCAUUUUCAGCGAUCCUACACGAAAAUUAGAUUGUGAAAAUCAAAUUCAGGUGUCUGCUUUGAUCCGCAAGCCAGACAAAAAAGAUCCAAUUCUAUAUCCCGACAUCAAGACUCAACAAUCAAAGACAAAACUCUUAGGCGGUGAUACACAUUAUAGUUGUGAACACACGGAACACGAAGUUACAAGAUCAGUUCAGCUGAAGAACUAUCCUUGCUGAUCUACUUAAUCAGCGCACGUAAAAUCACUGUACACUGCCAUAAAAACUGAAAAUCACAGGGACUGAUGGGUCGAUGAACUACAGCCCUGCAUAUGCUUUAGCAACAUUUGUUUUGUAUAUAUGUUACCGUGAAUAUAACAGAAAUCAAGAGAAUGUCGACUUUCACCGUUGAAUGUCAACAAUCACAUAGUCGCUUUGAUGAAUGUCCGAAAUAUUUGUUUUAUCCGAUUUGACAUUAAUUU